CUGCCAGAAAGCCAAUUCAGUUUGACGAAAAUCGUCGCUUCGAACGAACGGAUUAUCCAGCGAACACCCAACGAGAAACCCAAAACUCCAGCACCAUGAAUUGUCUAUCCGCGAUGUUCAAGUACCUGCUGUACUUGCUUAACUUGGUCUUUGUUGCCGGUGGCAUCCUGCUGAUCGUGGUGGGCUCCAUCAUGCUUUCUACGAUGGGUAAUUUCACCGCCUUCGAGGGAGCAGUUAACACCCAAACCAUCCCGAUCUGCAUCAUCGUCAUAGGCUGUGUAACCUUCGUGGUGGCCUUCUUUGGAUGCUGCGGUACCAUUCGGGAGAACGCCUGCUGCACCACCAUUUACGCCAUCUGCAUGCUGAUUCUCUUUGGCCUGCAACUGGCCUUGUCCAUUUGGAUCUUCGCGGCAAACGACAAGUUCCUGACCAGCAUGGGCAAGGUGGUGGACAAGGCAUUCGAUGAGAACGAUGCUGCCCAGGGCUAUCCUAUGGAUGCCCUCCAACUUGCCUUCAAGUGCUGCGGCAACACGGGAUACCAGCAGUACACCACUGUCCCAGCCUCGUGCUGCGGAUACACGGAUCGCAGUAGGACAUGUGAGGCCGAGAUCUACACCCUGCGUCCUGCUUGCCAGACUGAGUUUGUCGACUUCUGGGCUUCCAACACGGACCUCAUCCGAUGGAGCAGUCUGAUCAUAGCCCUCUUCGAGCUGGGCAUCUUCAUCAUGUCGUGCUGCCUGGCCAGCGCGAUGAGGAAGCGCUAGAAUUGUAGUCUGACAUAGCGUACUU